CGAAAUUAUCAAAUGAAUUUCUUUUAGAAAGAAAGAAAGGACAAGAAUGGCAUAAAGUUUCCUUUAACAACUAUCGUCACAUCACCACCACCUUGUUAUCUUUCAUACUUUUUAAGGUUUUUACUUUUCCCAGAUUUCUAAAGCUAGAACGCACCAAAAGCAAGUCCAUUUUCCUUGCUACAGAAUUAGCUGAAGAACAGAAGAAGGAAUGGAGGAUGAUGCUAACCGAUAGUAAAAUUGGAGGCCUCGAGUAACAGGGCAGUAGAGGAGCUCAAAAUGGGAAGUGAUCAAGGAACAAAGGAAAGAGAGAAGUGGUUGGAAGAAGGGUUGGGAAAUUCCAGCUAAGAACACUCAACAGAUGAAUUUUAAGGCUCUUUACCAAUAAAUAAGUGGUUUGAAUUUUUGUCUCCACCAUACUAUUUAUGAAUUGCAGAAGCAGAAUGCCUAACCCACAUUUACAAAGUUCUUGGAGAAGCACUAACUUGUGCAGGGAGUAAAAUGUGGUGAAUUUUGAAAAAAAUAUAUGUAAUCAAUGUGAAAGAAACUGCUCGUGAUUUGACCCCUUUCAGGAAUCUGGAAGCAAGUGCUGUGGAUUAUCUUGUCAUAUGGGAUGGAUUCUGGUUUCCCUACGAAUAUGGAUGGGGUUAUUCACAAUCUCAACUUGUUGGUUUCUCUGUGGAACAAAUACAUUGAGAAGAAAAAAUCAGGAAGGCUUAUGCAUCGAGCUCGUCGGUUGUUUGAGCCCACCUAUAAUUAUGAUCAGUUAUCUCGUUCUCUCACUGAAAAUGUCAAUCAAAUCCAUCAGGAUUGGAUUUUCCUGAAAAUGCUAGUGAAAUCCGUUUACAGCAGUGAUGCACCUGUGUCGAUGCAGAAUGUAAUUUCUGUCAUCGAGAAAAUUGAUCGCUUGGCACAUGAGAUUUUCUGUUAUACUAGUUUCUGCCUUGAUCAAUAUAAGAAGUACUACCUGAAAAAGCCUCAAGAAAUACUCAGUUUGCUCUGCGACUGCCAGAGAAAGACUGAUGUGCUUGUCGAGGUGGACAUUCGAGAAGCUCUAAAGGAUCUGUCAAAAUUAGAAUUUCAUGCACGUUCUCCUGACUCUUACUUUUGGAAAUCAUUUUUCCCUGCUGUAGAAUUCAAUCUGUGGUGGUCAUUCAAGGAUGACAAAUGGUUUUCCCCGUUUGUAGAAGAGAAUCUGUGGUGGUCAUUCGAAGAUGAAGCGGGUGAUAGUGUUCUUUUCAAAAAGCUACGUUUCCUCCACAGUGAGCUGAAAUCUAUUCGUGGCUAUUUGGGUAGGCAUGAUUAUAUACUGGGAAAUCUUACCUCUCAUGUCCGUGAUGAUCAUGGAGUUGAUGCUUUUCUCACUCAUGUUGCAUCUGUGGUUUUGAGGAUUGCUAUCCAGUGUUGUAAUUUCUGGUUCAAUAGAAAUGACCCUCAGACAGCAAAAGGCUUAGUAAGUGAACUUGUAGAUUUGCAUCACCAGAUCUCCCUUGCAAAUCCUGAGUUUGUACAGUGGUACCUUAGAUUCCAAGGGUCUCUUUAUAAAUUCAACUCUAACAUAAGUGAAGAGGAUGGGUCUGCCUCGGUUAUUCUGUUUUGCCGCUAUCUUCUCAAUUCACUUGCUAAUGAGGAUCUUAUGAAGGAGCUGGUCAACCUGGUUACCCUUUCCUUUAACAGUACAAUAGAGGACGGCGAGGAGGAUGUGGACCAUUUCUUUGCGGAGAUUAGGGCAUUGCUAGCAGAGGCAACCUUUUAUAAUCGAAUGGUACCACAAGAUCGGCCACCUGAUUCUGAGGUUCUAACAAAAAUUUUACUCCUCAAGUUAGAGUUUUUUUCUCAAAGAGCAACUCAAGAUUCGCAUGCUUUUUAGUGAUGACAUAUUUUUCAAGUUAGAUAUGAUCCUUACCGACUUGACAGGAUAUAGCAAAGAUCUGUGUCAACAAAGUAACACGGAGUUUGUGAAGCAGAGUUUGGUACUCACUGAAGAACUCGCGCAUGAAGUAGAACUCUUUCAGGAGCAACUUCAUUCCAAGAAAUUACCUAGUCCUUCGGUAAAACACUCACUUCUGCAGUGGCUUUUUAGAAUAAUCUUUUUUAAGGCUGAGUUAUAUUUAACGGAGUUAUUGAAGAGUAAUGACACUACCAUAGCUCAUAGAAGGGAUCAACUUCAAUGUCUUGUUGAGGAGCUUAUAUAUCUCAAAAGGAUUGUAGAAACUAAGCUGCCAAGGAACUCAUUAGUUGAAGAAUCAUUCAUGAUACAACUUGAAGCUUUUGCUAGGGGGAUAACACUUCUCUCCUACACGUAUCUCCCUUCCAACAUGAAACUGGAGAAAAUGGUCCUCUCAUUGCCUCAGUUGAUGGAUAAGAUGAACAUCAUCAAGAGUACGCUCCGGGAAAUAAGUCAGCAGUUUCCUAAGUGCAUAUUCCCCAAAACCUAUGGAGUGGGGUUCCUCAAUUAUCUAUGCAGAAACUUAUGUGAACUCCUGAAACGUGAUCUUGAGUCCAUUACCCCAGCCAAACAUCAUUUUGAGGAAGUUCUGUUGCGUUUGGAGUCUUUAAAAUCUUUCCUCGAGAAAGUAAAGGAUUCAGAUGUCCAGCUGGCAGAAUUAAAGGAUGUAGAGGAACGCGUCAUAGGUGCAGCAUAUAAAUUGGAAUAUGUAGUUGAUUCAAUUGAGGUUGAUGGUCAUUUGCAGCAAUCACUAUGGUUUUGUGAUGUGCUAGAGGAAAUUAGAUGUGUUCAUCAACAGGUGCUCAACACCCAUGAGAUGUCCAACACUGGCGAAGUAGAAAAGCUCCCACUGAUAUCAUCCCCGAUUGUAUUAAGAGAUGCUACACCAGAAAUCAAUGAACAGCUUGUUGAUCUUCUUGAUGAAGAAACGAUAAUAGUUGACCGCCUUACCAGAGGAUCCUCACAGAGGGAUGUCGUUUCAAUUGUUGGCAUGCCCGGCAUUGGUAAGACGACUAUUGCUAGAAAAGUUUACAAUAAUCCCAAUGUGGCAUGUCAUUUUCACAGUCGUGCAUGGUGUAAUGUUUCGCAAACAUACUUGAAAAGGGAAUUGUUACUUGAACUAUUAAGUAAUCUAGCUGGUCUUACUGACGACAUGGUUAACUUAACUGACGAUGAUCUCCUGUCUAAACUAAGGCGGUGCUUGUUGAAGAAUAAGUAUAUGAUUGUUAUGGAUGACAUAUGGGACACUACAGCCUGGAAUGACUUGGAAAAUUGUUUUCCAGAUGACCACAAUGGAAGUAGAAUUCUGAUAACCAGUCGUCGCCAGGAUGUAGCCUCAGAAAUCAGACCUUACAGUGAUCCAUAUCCUAUUCGUCCAUUUUCAGAUGAGGAGAGUUGGAUACUCUUAAAAUAUAAGAUAUUCAAAGGUGCAGCAGAUUGUCCCGAAGAUUUGUUGGAAGUUGGUAUGGAAAUUGCUCAACAAUGUCAAGGAUUACCACUUGCAGUUGUAACGAUAGCUGGUGUCCUCAAGAUGUUAGAAAAUAACAAGGAUUCAUGGACAAAAAUCUCGAAAAGCUUAAGCUCAGAAAUAAUCAGCAAUCCAGAAAAUCGCUGCAAGGAAAUUUUAGAACUGAGCUAUAAGAACUUGCCUGAAUAUCUAAAAGCAUGCUUUAUUUAUUUGGGAGUUUUUCUUGAGGACAGAGAUAUUCCUGUGACCAAGUUGAUACGCUUUUGGUUGGCUGAAGGGUUCAUACAAGUGACUAAGUCGAAGAGUUUGGAGGAGGUCGCAGAGGAUUAUCUUUCGGAGCUGAUUAACAGAAGCCUAGUGAACAUUCACAAAACAAGAUCGAAUGGAAAGGUCAAAGUAUGUCGUCUUCAUGAUCUAUUGCGUGAUCUGUGUCAUUUGAAAGCUAAGGAAGAGAGCUUCCAUCAUCUGGUGAGCCGCCAUGAUGAACCAUAUGCAUCGCUCCCUGAUUCAGAAUAUGAUAUGGACCUUGAUAGUGAAAAUGUUGUAGCUCCUACAAUAUUUAAUAGCUACAGGUUGAGCUUUUGUGUGAAACGACCACAGUUUAUUGAUUCCCGACCUUCUGGCCCUCUUGCUCGGUCCUUGACUUUCUUCCCAUCUUCUGAUUCAGAGCCUAAAUGUCCUUACGACUUGUCCUUCAUUUGCCAUAACUUCAAGUUACUUCGGAUUUUGGACUUGGAAUCUAUCAUGUCAGUUAGCUUUCCCGUUGAAAUAGGACUAAUGAUUCAUUUGAGAUAUUUAGCUGUCAGCGGUUAUAUGAAAUCUAUUCCACCAUUCAUAUCCAAGUUGUGGAAACUUGAAACGUUGGUUGUGAAGGGAUUGCGAAAGGUCAUCUUACCUGGAACUAUUUGGAGCAUGGUACGGUUGAGGCAUCUUCAUGUGAAUAAUCACGCCAUUUUCAGUUUGCCAGGGAUUGAUGAAGCGGUAGGGAAUUCGCCUCAUUUGGAAAAAUUGAUCAGCUUUUCUACCCCAUCACUGUCCUCCAAGGAUGAUAGAUGGAGGAUACUAAAGAGGAUGCCUAAUCUCCUCAAAUUGAGAUGCAUUUUCUGGAAGUCUGAGGUAUCUUCUGAAAGUGGCAGUGAGUUCAUAAGAUGGAAUUUCUUAACUCAUUUAGAGUCAUUAAAGAUUAUCUGCUUUGGUGGAAGUCCAACAUCUUAUGAUUUUCUCCUCCCACAAAGUCUCAAGAAACUGACACUAUCAAAAUUCUGCCUACAAGAGAAUCAUCUUUCUGUAAUAGGGGCACUACCCAAUCUCGAAGUUCUGAAAUUGCAUGCUGGAACCUUUCAGGGGCAGAAAUGGGACAUGAGGGAAGACGAAUUCGAGGAACUCAAGUACUUGGAAUUAGAUGCAAUGAACCUUGUUGAAUGGGAUGCCUCUUAUGAUCACCUUCCGAGGCUCCAACAACUCAUAUUAUCCAAUUGCAAGGAUUUGCAGAGAAUUCCAUCAGACUUCGCCCAUAUUGCGACACUGCAAAAGGUUGAAGUGCAUUGGUGCAGAAAGUCUGUAGAAGCAUCAGCAGAAGAAAUUGGGGAUGAAACACAAGAGAUCAAAGUCGUUAUCAAUCGCUAAUAACUAAAGUCGUGAUCCAGAUGGUGACUGAUGCCGCGGUACUAAUGCAAUUCCUGGAAGAACCCCUAAAAAGGACCAAAACAGGCCGAGGGAUGAGUUACAUGCUGCCCUCUUGCUGAUAAUUUUGGGAGUCCGAAAAACCAGACAGCAUGUACAUGAUAGCUUUAGAAUUCUGCCAGAGAUCACAUCAGUAAUGAAAACGGAGAAAGGCGGAUUUGUAUUACGAUAGCUCUGUGGUUAUGUGAACAAGUGAAAAUUUUGUAGUUGUUCAUUUUUCAGCAGUCAGUUUGUAUCAUGUUGAAAAAUUCAGAAUUCUUGUAAGUUUUUCAGUAUUUUUAUUGGAAUUUUAUCAUUUAGUGAGUGUCAAAUGUGGUUCAACUGUGUCUCAAACUUUUGUAAAAUACAGUGAUCAAAUCUGGUUUUCUGUCCAAACAAAGCGUUUGUAUCUGUAGGAGUCCAUUUCUGUGGAUCAUUUGAACUGUUAUGAAACUCAUAGGAGAAGCUC